AUGGAAGAGAUCAGAGAGGAUCCGCAGGCAGAGCAGAACCUGGAAAAUACUCAGCACGAAGAAAACGAGAUGCCCGUUAAAACCAGAGAGUGUACUGAUUGUGUUCAACGAGCCUGUGCUUGCAAACCUGAGAAAACUUCCACUCGCUUUGUGAAAUGUGAAAAAUGCCACCAUUUUUUUGUGGUACUAUCUGAAGCAGACUCCAAGAAGAGCUUAAACAAAGAGCCAGAAUCAGCGGCAGAAGCUGUGAAAUUAGCUUUCCAACAGAAACCACCACCACCUCCGAAAAAAAUUUACAGUUAUCUCGACAAAUAUGUGGUUGGUCAGUCCUAUGCCAAGAAGGUACUUUCAGUUGCCGUGUACAACCACUACAAGCGCAUCUAUAACAAUAUUCCAACUAGUCUGAGACAGCAAACAGAAGUGGAAAAACAGGCCUCUCUAACACCUCGGGGUUAGUAUUUUCCUUUUUUUUUUGAUCCUAUUGUUCAUCUCCAAACUUUGAGUUCAGAGUUUUUAGUUGGAAUUGAGCGAGAGUACAAUGGCCUCCAGUAUAAGUUUUGCAAUGACAUUCACUGAUCCUGCAAGUUGGUCAGUUUCCUUGUAUGGAUCUAUUUUAUUAUCAUGUCUAUUUUUCCUAUUCAGUAGACAUGGACAUCAGUGUACUGCAACAAUGUGUUUACUGUUGUACAGACAAAUAGUGACAGAUAUCAAAUGCAAGCAAGAUGUUUGCCUGGCAAGAGGGAAAACUGUGGGUCACUUUCCAAUACUGGUAUCAAAUGAUGAUCCUAAUGAGAACAAUAAUCUUGAAAUCCUUCUUUGCACACAUAAUGACUCUGCAGAUCAGUUCUGCAUGCUUUGAUGAAUUUGCAUAUGGCUUUGAAAGCUUUGAUUCUUCAUUUUAUAUAUUUUGUCGAAUAGUAAAUGGAAUAAAAUAUGACUGAUUUAAUUAUACUGAAUUAAAAAUCUGUUGUAAUUAAA